GUAUCUCUCCUUCAAAGCAAAUGAAAGAGAAAGACUUCUUUGGAAGAAAGCUUCAACUACCACUAUGGAACCAAGGAUUAAAAGCCAAACAUGACUUCUUCAUCCUCUUUCUACUCUAUUCCUUGAGUAAACUCCAAGCCUUCGCCGCUUCUUUCUUUGUUUUCUUCUUCUUCUUCCACCAUGGAAAAACAUCAAUAUGGGUACUUGCUAAUCUUCUCCAUUGUAGUUUCCCUUGGCAUUGUUUCUUUUGUUUCUUGUGUCAUUGCAGAGUCCAAGAAAAUUAAGAAGGAGGAGGUGAAAUUAGAUAGUAAACUGUGUUAUUUGCCUGAAAGUAGAGCUUUCAGCUUCGGAUUUGCAGCACUAAUAUGCUUGGUCGUUGCUCAAAUCAUAGCAAAUUUGGUAAUUUGCAGCCAUUUUUGGUUGAGAAAGGAUGGCGAUUCUUCCAAGGCUAAGAAACCAAUGAUAAUUGCCUCAGCAUUUCUUGUUUUGUCCUGGAUCAGCUUUGGGCUUGCUGUCAUUUCAUUAAGUACAGCCACAAGCAUGAGUAGAAAGCAAUUCUAUGGAAAAGGAUGGUUGGACCAGAAAUGCUAUCUACCCAAAGAUGGAGUGUUUAUUUGGUCAGGAUGUUUAGUGCUGAUUUCCAUAGCAGGCACAAUUGGUACAUUCCUAUUCACAAUUAGUAAAGUACAAGUUGAACAAGCUAGAAGAGUACAUGCACAACAUGUAUAAAAAAGAAAAGAGGGGAAAAAAAAUUAUUCAUUUUGUGGAUAACAAGUCACUACACAAGGCAAUGACAGUCUUUUAAUUUUUUUUUUUUUUUAAUUUAGCUCCAUUGAAACUUAAACUUGAGAUAUCAUAUAUUUGAAGACAAUAAUUCAUUGAUUUUGAAGACCC